AUGGACGAAUACUGUACACACCUGAUACUGGAGCUUGGUAAUGUGUGCAUUUGUUGGCACUCAUUGGAUAAGAGUUUAGAACAAAAGUUAAAAGGUCCUCAGGCCACUCCAUGGAGGCUGAUUUCUGGGAUCAUAGGAGCAAUAUGUCUUGCGUUGAUGGCUAUUUUGGGAAUUGUUUUGAAAAAUGUGUUUAUACAACAAAAUGUUCAGCCAACACCAUCUCUGAUACCCAGCACUGAACCCCAGGAAGGCUGUGGUUGCUAUUCUUGCCAAGAAAAAUGGAUUGGAUUCCAAUGCAACUGUUACUUCAUUUCCAAUGAAAGAAAGACUUGGGCAGAAAGCAGGGAUUUCUGUGCUUCUCAGAACUCCAGUCUACUUCACUUUCGAAACAGAGAUGAACUGCAUUUUUUAAAGUUCAGUAAAACUUUUUACUGGAUUGGACUCUCCUACAGUGAAAAACAUGGCAUCUGGUUGUGGGAAGAUGGCUCUGCUCUCUCCCAAGAUCUAUUUUCAUUCUCUCAUGUUGUAAACCCAAAGAACUGCAUAAUGGUUGGCACAAGGAACAAUAUUUUGGAUGAGUCCUGUGAGCAACAAAAUCCUUAUAUCUGUAAAUAUGAGCUUAUUUAG